AUGGAGCUGGGGAAAGGUGAAUUUACAAACUGCAGUAAUCCUAGUGAUGGUGAAAGUACAGAUACUUGCUUCAAUCUUCUACAAAAUCAAAUAAGUGACGGGAGAAAUGCAUGUUCUGAAUGCGGGAAAUGUUUUUCCACUAAAACAUUUCUUUCUAACCAUAUGAAAAGCCAUACUGGAAAAAAAUCACUUUCAUGUUCUGAAUGUGGGAAAUGUUUUAUUGACAAUUCAACGCGUAUCACUCAUGAGAAAAUUCAUACAGGAGAAAAACCAUUUUCAUGUUCUGAAUGUGGAAAAUGUUUUACUCAGAAAGCACAUCUCGUAUCUCACCAGAAAACUCAUACAGGAGAAAAACCAUUUUCAUGUUCUGAAUGUGGGAAAUGUUUUGCUUGGAAACCAUCUCUUAUUACACAUCAGAAAAACCAUACAGGAGAGAAACCAUUUUCAUGUUCUGAAUGUGGGAAAUGUUUUGCUAAUGAAAUAUAUCUUAGUAAUCAUAAAAAAAUUCAUACUGUAGUAAAAGCAUUUUCAUGUCCUGUAUGUGGGAAAUGUUUUAAACAAAUAUCAGCUCUUACGAAACAUCAGAAAUAUCAUACAGGAGAAAAACCAUUUUCAUGUUCUUUAUGUGGCAAAUGUUUUAUUGAUAAAUCAAUUCUUAAAAGGCAUCAGACAAUUCAUACAGGGAAAAAAUGAUUUCUGUGUUCUGGAUGUGGAAAAUUUAUUUUUAAUGACACUAUGAGUCCACUGAUCAUCUUAAUUACUAAUGGGAUAUUCACCU